ACAAGACGCAUGCGCAUUAAGCGAGUUCACGGAGGGGUGCCUUCCUGUUGUUACUGCCUGUCGGUAUCCGUAUCCGGGUCAUUCUGGUGAAAUCGCCCCUGGUCCCGUUCCCGCGGGGUCAUUGUGUCGCUGCGGGUUUCCGGUCCUCCUCCCCCUCCCAGGGAGCUUUGGGUGUCGGUGCGGUUGCACCGCCGUUGAGCCGUUUUUUUUUGCUUUCUUCUAGUCCCGCUCCCCGUGCUUGCCCUCAUGGAGCCGCCCGGGCAGGUAGGGCGGGGCCCCCGAGGAAGGGAGCCCGGCGGACCGGGCCAGAAUCCUGUAGGUAUGGCUUACGUACCAACAGAGGAUGAAAGAAGAAUUUUCAGGGAAUGCAACGAAGAGAGCUUCUGGUAUAGAUCUGUUCCUAUUUCUGCAGUAAGCAUGAUUGUCACUCAGGGCUUAAUUAAGAAAGGAAUUCUCACCACUCAUUCAAGGUUUGGCUCUCUUCCCAAAGUUGCAUUUGCUGGUAUAUGUGGAUAUAUUGCUGGAAAGAUUUCUUACAUGUCGGCCUGCCAGGAGAAAUUUAAGAGACUGGAGAAUUCCCCAAUAGGAGAAAGUAUACGACAAGGGCGCAGACCUCUUCCACAUGAAUAUGCUCCUCAAAAAUCAGAGUUUGCAAAUUUGCCUUCUCAGUCACCUUUUGGAUCUUCUCCAGCAGCUGAAGCCCCACUUUCUUCCAGCUAUUCACAUGAAUAUAGUUCAACAGAUCAGUCCGGCUCUAAUUAUGCACCAGUUCCAUUCAGUUCUUCUCUGAAUGAAUCCUCUCCUACUGGAGUUACUGAACAUAAUGCCCCAGAGCCUGUUCCAUUCCUAGAAGAAAGUCCUAAGAGAAAAAGUGUCUCAUACGAGGAGUUAAGGAAUAGAAACAGAGAGACAUAUGAAGUAACAUUAACACAAAAGGCAGAGACUCCAGUCAAGUCUUCACAGGAGAGACCAUUUAAAAAAGAAGUUAAAGUAAACAAGUAUGGAGAUGCUUGGGAAGAGUGAGAACUGAAUCUUUGCAUGUACUGAAGGAAGUUAUCUUCAAUCAGCUAACUUCAGCUCCAUCUGUGUUGGUCAUGAAUAUCUACACACUUUGGUGUAUUCUGCCAAAUUGAAAUAUGUUCUAAUAAAGGAGACUAGAUUUUA